AUGGAGAGCCUCCCGCAGCCGCCGUCCCCAUCUCCGUCCCCGCCGCCCGCCGGCGGCGGUAGCAGUAACGGCAGGCGGCGGCGGGUCGCCCCGUCCGGGCCCCCGCACCUCCUCCACCGCCUCCUGCUCCCUGACGAAAGGGAGGAUGGAGAGUUGGAGGAAGGGGAGCUGGAGGAUGACGGGGCUGAGGAGCCCCAGACCACCGCCUCGGGGGGGCACGAAAGAAGCCGCAAGGACAAGGGGGAGAAGCACCCCAGUGACUCGGACGAUGAGAAGGCCCACCGGAGGAUGAAGCGGAAGCGACGGAAAGAACGGGAGAAAGAGAAGAGGCGGUCAAAGAAGAAGAGGAAAUCCAAACACAAGCGCCAUGCGUCGUCCAGUGACGACUUCUCGGACUUCAGCGAGGACUCUGAUUUCAGCCCAGCGGAGAAGGGGCACCGAAAGUACAGGGAGUACAGCCCCCAGUAUUCUUCUUCCCACCAGCAGUACUCCUCCUCUCACAAUGCCCCACUGCCCAAGAAGAGCUACUCGAAAAUGGACAGCAAGAACUACCCCAUAUAUGAGGACUACCCCAGCGAGCCUUUCGCAGAGUAUGACGGUGAAGGGGAGGACGAGGAACUGGCCAAGGAGGACUACGAUGACUUCGCCAAGGAGCUGAACCAGUACCGGCGAGCCAAAGAGGGCAGCAGCCGGGGCCGAGGUGUCCGAGGCCGCGGAAGGGGCUACCGGGGGUGCCGAGGAGGCCGAGGUGGGUCCCGCGGCCGAGGAAUGGGCCGAGGUGGCCGCGGCAGGGGGCGGGGGUCCAUGGGCGGAGACCACCCUGAAGACGAAGAGGACAUGUAUGAUGAAGAGAUGGAGUAUGGAGACAACGAGGAGCCCAUGGGAGAUGAGGAUUACGACGACUACUCGAAAGAGCUGAACCAGUACCGGCGGUCCAAGGAGGGCCGGGGGCGAGGGUUAAACCGAGGCCGGGGCCGGGGCCUGAGGGGCCGAGGGAAAGGCCUGGGGAGAGGCCGGGGCCGCGGCGGGGGCCGCGGCAUGAAUAAAGGCGGCAUGGAUGACGACGAUUACUAUGACGACGACAUGGGCGACGGCGGCGGGGGCUAUCGGAGGAACGACCAUGACAAGCCUCACCAGCAGGCAGACAAGAAGGGCAAAGUCAUCUGCAAGUACUUUGUGGAGGGCCGCUGCACCUGGGGAGAACACUGUAACUUCAGCCACGACAUCGAGCUGCCAAAGAAGCGGGAACUGUGCAAGUUUUACAUCACCGGCUUCUGCGCCAGGGCUGAGAACUGCCCAUACAUGCAUGGUGACUUUCCCUGCAAACUGUUCCACACCACGGGCAACUGCAUAAACGGGGACGACUGCAUGUUCUCCCAUGAACCCCUGACGGAGGAGACCCAGGAGCUCCUGGACAAGAUGCUAGCCGACGACGCCGAAGCCGGUGCAGAAGAUGAGAAGGAGGUCGAGGAGCUGAAGAAACAAGGCAUCAACCCCCUCCCCAAACCUCCCCCCGGCGUGGGUCUCCUGCCCACACCGCCCCGCCCUCCCGUGCCCCCGGCUCCCACGUCCCCCAACGGCCGGCCCCUGCCCGGGGGCCCCCCGCCCCCACCUCCGCCCCCCCCCCCGGGCCCGCCGCAGAUGCCGCCGCCCCCACACGAGCCGCUGUCCCCGCAGCAGCAGGACAUGUACAACAAGAAGAUCCCGUCUCUGUUUGAGAUCGUCGUGCAACCUACCAGGCAGCUGGCUGAGAAGCUGGGCGUGCGGCAUCCCGGCGCCCAGCCUUCCCACUUCCCCAGCCCCGGGGGGCCUUCCGGGCCGAACGUGGGUCCCGGGCCGAUGCAGGGACCAGUGCACCCGGACAUGCACUCGGACAUGCACCCGGACAUGAAUCCGGACAUGCACCCAGAUAUGCACCCGGACAUGCACCCGGACAUGUCGAUGGGUCCCGGCAUGAACCCCGGGCCCCCCAUGGGCCCUGGGGGCCCUCCGAUGAUGCCCUAUGGACCCGGGGACUCCCCCCACUCAGGAAUGAUGCCGCCCAUCCAGCCUGCGCCGAAUUUCUAUGAGAACUUCUACCAACAGCAAGAGGGCAUCGACAUGGACCACAGCAUGAUGGGGGGCGCAGUUCCAGGGGACUAUGGCCAUUACGACGAGAUGCAGGACGAGGGCCAGGAGCACAUCUUCCCGGAGCCGCCGCUGGAGCCUGACGGCUUGCCCGAGGGAGGAUCGGCUGCGAUGCCCAAACCGGCGGGCGGCAUCCCCGACUUCCUGCCGUCCGCCCAGAGGGCCCUGUACCUGCGCAUCCAGCAGAAGCAGCAGGAGGAGGAGGAGCGGGCCAGGAGGCUGGCCGAGAGCAACAAGCAGGAGCGGGACAACGAGGAAGGCGACACAGGCAACUGGUACUCCAGUGACGAGGACGAGGAAGGCGGCAGCAGCGUCUCCUCCAUCCUGAAGACCCUGAGACAGCAGUCGUCCAGCAGGGCCCAGCCGGGCAGUGGGGAGUGUGGCGGCAGCCCAGGCCCGGCGUCCACCGUGGGAGACCCCCGCCUGCAGAAGGGGGGCCCGCCCCUGGGCAGACCCGCCGACCCCCGCCUCUCCAGGGACCCCCGCCUCUCCCGUGGCGGCGGCGGCGCCGACUGCCCCGGGGACAUGGGCCCCACGGACCCCCGGCUGGCCCGCCACGCUCCCUCCGCCCCCCGGCCUGAGCCCGCCCCGGCCGCGGCCCUGUCUGCCGCGGCGGCCCUGGGCCCUGACGAGGAGGAAGGGGAGCGGGCGCUGAGGGAGAAGCCGGUGCCCAUCCCCCUGGACGCCCUGCCCGGCCACCCGCAGCGUGACCCGCGCUCCCAGCUGCAGCAGUUCAGUCACAUCAAGAAGGCCGUGACGCUGGGCAAGCCCAGCUUCUCCCGGACGGUACUGUGGAGCCCCGAGGACCUCAUUCCCCUGCCCAUCCCCAAGCAGGAGGCCGCCCCCCUGAGCGCCCUCGACCCCAGGCUCAACCGGGCUCCCCCCGCUGCCGCCCCAGGGCCUUCCGACCCCCGGCAACGCGGGGCGGCCCCCGCGGGGGCCCCGGAGGCUGGUACCUCCCUGCCCGACUUCGAGCUGCUGUCUCGGAUCCUCAAGACGGUGAACGCGUCCGGCCCCUCGGCCUCCGGCCCCCCGGGCCCCGGCGACAAGCCGAGCGACCCCCGCACCCGCAAGGCCCCCGCCGACCCCCGGCUCCAGAAGCCGGCGGACGCGGCCUCCCGGGCCCCGGUGCCGGCCCCGGCCGGCGAGGCCCCCGCCCCCGCCAUCGCCCCCUACGACCCCCGCUUGCUGACCGCCGGCGGGGUGGGCAAGGGCGGCGGCCAGAGCAGCGUGCUCAGUGGCAUCAGCCUGUACGACCCCAGGACCCCCGGCCCGGGCAGCAAGGCGGCUGCGGAGCCCCCCUCCGAGGGGAGCGGCCCCCUGCCCAAGGGCCCGGAUGGCAGCGCCAAGAGCGGCGCCAAGCCCAAGGAGCCGCCGUUCGUCCGCAAGUCGGCACUGGACCAGCCAGAGGCCGAGAAGCCGGGCCCCGACCCAGCCACCGACCGCUACAACAGUUACAACAGGCCACGCCCCAAGGCCCCUAGCGCCUCCGCCGCAGCCACGCCAGCCUCUGCCCAGGAGGCCGCCCCGCAGCCCGGCGUGCACAGCCUGCCCGUGCCCACCCUUUUCGGCCCCGUGAAGCAGGCCACCAAGCCUGGCACCGGAAGCCCGUUCGCGGGCAAUAGCCCCGCGCAGGAGGGUGAGCAGGACGCUGCUUCUCUGAAAGAGGUUUUUAAAGGCUUCGAUCCCACCGCGUCCCCAUUCUGCCAGUAGCGUGACUAGGCACUUGGCCGGGGUGGUCUUCCUCCGGGACGGGGUUGGGAGCGGGCUGGGGGAUCCGGGGCACCCGGGCUGUUUUUAAAUCUGCACAACUCGCCGGGUCUGGCCCGCUGAAGUUAAAGGCCCUUGGUGUCCGGCAGCCUCGUCCCGGAAUCCCCUCGUCCUGUGCCCUGACACCUUGGCUUUCCGAUUUUUGUAGCCCAAGCUCCUGCUGCCUUGUGGCUGUGGGGGGGGACCCCGUCCCC